GGUACUUGGAGGGAGGCAACAGCAGAUGUAAUAAAUGUAACCGUGGUGAAUGAGCUGGAUUCAAAGACAUUCCACAAGUCUGUCUCCGACGAGGAGUGGCUUAAAGCCCUUGGCAAGGACGAUGAAGAGCCUGUGGACUAUAAGUAUGAGCUUUACACCAAAAUUUGUGAAAAUUACAAAAUUUGGGAGAAUGCGAAUAGGGACAAUCAAAAGGCAUUCUCUCAUCAGUUUGUGGAAACCAAAGAAAGCAAAACUUACCUUAAUCUUUUUGACGAAAUGAAGGCGAUUGAACUGUCUUCUCCUACCCGUGAUGAGAAGGAGAACACACUUUAUAGAUUCCGAAAAUCAUCACCAAAGGACCGAAAUGAGCAAAAGGAUCAUUAUUCUUCAAAUGACAGCAUGAGACCACUACGUGAGUCUUCGCCCGAAAUCAUAUAUAUGAGGGAUCCCAGACCUCAGAAUGUUCCUAUUUUCAAAUUGAAUUUGACGCCCGUUAACUUGUGUGUGCCAUAUGACAGCGAGGAGUUGCGAGAAGCAUUGUGGGGAAAUAGUGAUGAAACCUGGAGCGAUGAUCGCACUUUCCCUCUCUAUGAGCAGAUUUGUGAGGCAUACAAGCAAUAUAACCGCCACUUCAAAUCAGCGCCAGAUGUGCAAAAGGAUGAGCAAGCUGAACCAGGACAACAGGGGAAGGAGAAUGCAUCUUCGAAUUAUACCAUAAAUGUACGGAACAUUCUUCAGAAUUCCGAUGAUGAGGUAGAAUUUAUUUUUGUAUAA